AGGAUGGCGGCUCCGCACAACGGAUCCAACAUCAACCAGACCAACCCGUUCAACCAGUUCGUGCAGCCGCCGUGGCGCGUCGCGCUCUGGUCCAUCGCCUACAGCGUGGUGCUGGCCGUGGCCGUGUUCGGAAACCUGAUCGUGAUCUGGAUCAUCCUGGCGCACAAACGCAUGAGGACGGUGACCAACUACUUUCUGCUCAACUUGGCGUUUUCGGACGCGUCCAUGGCCGCGUUCAACACUUUGAUCAACUUUAUCUACGCCGCGCACGGGGAGUGGUACUUCGGAGAAGCGUACUGCAAAUUCCACAACUUCUUCCCCGUCACGUCCGUGUUCGCCAGUAUCUACUCCAUGACCGCGAUAGCUGUGGACAGGUACAUGGCCAUCAUCCACCCUCUGAAGCCCCGUCUCUCAGCCAGAGCGACCACAGGAGUCAUUGUUUGUAUCUGGAGUCUGGCCGUGGUCCUCGCCUUCCCCCUCUGCUACUUCUCCAAAGUCCGAACGCUCCCCCGCAGGACGCUCUGCUACGUGGCCUGGCCCCACAUGGCCGACGACCCCUUCAUGUAUCACAUCAUAGUGACUGUUCUGGUCUACGUGCUGCCUUUAGUGGUGAUGGCCAUCACUUACACCAUCGUGGGGGUGACGCUGUGGGGAGGGGAGAUCCCAGGAGACUCGUGUGAUAACUAUCACGGGCAGCUUCGGGCUAAAAGGAAGGUGGUGAAGAUGAUGAUCAUUGUGGUGGUGACCUUUGCCCUCUGCUGGCUGCCCUAUCACGUCUACUUCAUCGUGACGGGUCUCAACAAGCGUCUGAGCAAGUGGAAGAACAUCCAGCAGGUCUACCUGUCGGUGCUUUGGCUGGCGAUGAGCUCCACCAUGUACAACCCCAUCAUCUACUGCUGCCUCAACAGCAGGUUUCGAGCAGGCUUCAAGCAAGCGUUUCGUUGGUGCCCCUUCAUCAAGGUGUCCAGCUACGAUGAGCUGGAACUGCGCUCGACGCGGCUGCACCCGACUCGCCAGAGCAGCAUGUACACACUGUCGCGAAUGGAUACCACCAUGGUGGUUGUUUACGACCCGGCUGAAGGUGACGGCGGCCCCGGUGGCGGCUCUGGGAGGAAGCACUCCCUGUCCGCGAGGAAGAAGAGCUACAUCACGUCUCGCCACACAGAGAUCACGGGAUGCAACGACGGCGGUGGGAAAACACAAAAUGGAGCUCCUCCAAGUGCCCAACCCGAGGAGUUCUCUUGA